AUGUCUAAUCCACAGAAUCCCCAACCUAAAAAUUUAUACUGUUAUGGUUGUGAAAAGGAGAAGCCAAUUCAUUCCUUCUCUAAAACUCAAAUCACCAAAGCGGUUUCUAAUAUUCAUAAUCCAUAUGCUCCCAGUGGUCGAACCACAAAACGACACCAUACAUUGUGUAAGCAAUGUACACCCCAACAAAAUAAUAAUUUGACUUGCAUGAUUUGUACAAAAACAAUGCUCUUGGAGAAAUUUGCAAAGGCGCAAAGAAAAAACGCCGAAAAAGCCAGAUGUUUAGAUUGUAUGAAAAAACGGAAUGAAGAAGAUCCAUCUGAUAGUGAAGACGGAUAUUCUGAUGAUUCAUAUGAAAAACGAGAAACAUGGGAUGAUAUCUUGUAA